GUGAAAAUAAAAAGUACUUACCAUGUUUGCAAGGAGUAAAAACGAUUCUUAUAUGGCAAAAAGAAACGACGAUCAAUCAAAAUCCAAGUUUUGGAAGAAAUAUAGCGACUACAGGCUUAUUCUGUGGAUGUGGAUGCUAGGAGACGCCGCGGUGAUGUGGGCACCAGCCGAGCUGGCCCACAACGGAUUCUAUCUACACUCAAUAAUAUACUUAUUAGCUGUUAUUGUCGUCGCUACGCCCCUACUUUUCUCCGAAAUCUGUUUGGCCCAAUAUACUAACUGUGAUGUCAUCACGAUGUGGAAUUUUUUCCCGCUUUUUCGGUGCUUUGGCUACGGUACUAUUUACCUGGUGACGAUGAAAAUCGUGUACAUGCUGGUGCUGACUUCGUGGUCCCUUGUGUACGCGGUGCACUCGGCCGUGUCUCCGGCGCCAUGGAACACCUGCGACGAUUACGAUGGAAAUUCAACGAUAAAAACCUGUAUGAUUAAACGGAAGAACACUUCGGUUUUUCAAAACUGUCUCGAAGUUCAAAGCAUGUACGGGGGCGAUUGUGGUAUCAAAACGGCUAGUCGCUGUUUCUUCGAAGUUCAAAUUGGAAAUUACGUGACACCGAUAUGGCCAUAUUGCACUCCGCGCUAUAAAGAUACUAUAGCUCUAUGGUGCAUCGCAUUCGCUGUGUUUGUUUUGACAUUAAAGCGAAAGUUUCUGAGGAUAGGUGUAAAACUGGCGCUGGGUUAUGUGGGAAUUGGGACAUUUGUGCUGGUAUGUAUAGCGCUGGGAACGGGAGGCACAUGGUUCUCGUCGAGUGUAUGGUUUGGGUGGGCGAGCAUAGACGAUAUGGACUGGACGGAACUGUACGCGCAGUGGUCCAUGGUGCUGACAAAGGCCUUCUUGGCUGUGGGCGCGGGGUGCGGCAUGGCGGGCGGCUGGACGAGCGGCGCGGAGUUCCGCAGCCCUGCCUGCAUGACGGCCGUUGCCGCGCCGCUGCUCGCCGUGCUAACCUCGUUAAUGCUCAGCCUUGUCACCUACAGCGGCAUCAAAACCAUGUCUUUUUACCACGGCGACGAGGAGAACGUCGUUGAGCUCGGCAACAACUUCUUUUUUACCCCGUUUGCCUCGAUGACAGAAACUCUCAGCUAUUUUGACGAAUACAACCUUUCAGGAUUCAUUUGGUUCUCGGUCACUUUUAUUUGUAUGUUUUUGAAUACCUGGCUUUUGUUUAGUUAUUUGAAGGAAUAUUUGAUAAAUAACUUGGCCUUUGCACGGAGACACCACAAGAGUAGCUCCAUGUCCCUGGCAGUAUCGCUGGCGCUGCUGUCCUACCCAUGUUUUUGCUCAGAUCUGACGCCUGCAUUACUGGAUGCGAUUGACACAGUGCAGAUAUUCACUAGUUUGAUAUACUCAAUAACCAUUUAUUGGAUUUACGGCUAUUAUAAUCACAGUGUAGACAUUAUUUUUAUGAUCGGAGUAAAGACUAGUUAUUUUUGGAAGUUUUGUUGGGUCUUAAACCCAGUGUUUAUUUUUUUUAUAUUGGUCUCGAAAUGCAGAUUCUUAGCACUUAGUGAACAUGCAGGAAACUCACAUGAAAGUGAAACAUUAGGAAUUACUGUUGAUCUGCUUCUAUAUAUAGUGUUAGUUGGGAUUUAUGCUCUUAUUUUACUUCUCUCACUUGUCGUACAGUUAGUAAUAUACAUAGCAAAUGGAGAUUGUAAAGGUCUGUUCACACCACGCGGCGACUGGGGACCGAAGGAUGAUAUUUUGUUCAAAAGUCGAAAAAUGUUUGUGCCCGAAAUUAUGACAACCGAGUUUUUGUACCGGCAAGUUAAGAAACAUGGAUACAGCAAGAGGAAAAGUGUUAACGUGAUGAAGGAGCUUUCUGUAGAAUCUGAGGCGAGUCACUGCCUGCAGCCCACGGAGUGGAGUGUACUGACCUCUAAUUAAGCUUGUUUUAAUU